UACGAGGCGCGGCUUGAAGUUCAGAGGCUUGAAGGAGGAUUGUGGUCACAGAACCAUGCAGGGUCGAUGUGGGUUCUGCCGCAGACACUUCAAGAACUCUACAACUUACGACAGCUAUGUCGACUUCAAUCCAACGCCCUGGCCCGAGCUAGACAAUUGGUCGAGAGUGAGCGGAAUAUACCUCUGAAAGAGUUAAUGGAAAAUAUAGAGGCACCCAAAUGUGACCGGUGUGGAACAAAGGCACCAGACAUGGUCCUUGCUCUAUGUUUCCAUCGCUUAUGUCGGGAUUGUGAUGGAGCUGGAAUACCAGGCGCUUCCGACGAAAUGUUUCAAACCUGCAAGAUCUGCUCUCUCUAUGGUUUCCAGCGGCCCCGGAGCACUUGAUGUAUUAGCUACUGCUGUUGAGGUCGCUGCGUUGACCGGAAGUGACAUUGCCCUGCGGAAAGCGAUGCUUACGAGCGUGAAAGCAAACAAGAAGCGGUGGAUGUGGGAAGAUCAAUAACGGAGGAUCAUUAAGGUACUAUGUU